AGAGAGGAGGAAGCACUGCUUUUCUUAAAUUGUUUUUAGAAAAUCUAUAUUGUAAAUUACAAUAAAUUGAAUUUAUAAGCCUCAAAUAACACUAUUAAACAUUCACAAGAUCUUUAAAUAUCGUAGGAAAAUAAAAACGAAUCAUAUACCAUACCCGAUUUUAACUACUUCAAAUUUUGUACAAACUCACUUUUUUAUUUACGUGUUAUUGUUCUGCUAAAACUUCUUUUUUUUGCAAAAAUCAUAAUCAUCGUACGAUAAUAAAACGCUUUAUUGCACCUCUGUCGCUUAAACGCGAUUUUAAUUCUCGAGGAAGGCGCUCGUCUGCGUCACGUGUCCGCUAGAUUCAUAAAUAGAACCGAGCAGCCAUUCCAAAGUCAUCGUGAGAGAGGUCAGUGCUGCCUUCAAAGAUCGCGAGGAAAAUUAAAUUUGAUGUGCGCAAUAACGUAACUUAAUAUUUCCUAAUUGAUCGAAUUACGUAACUCGAUAGUUUUGAGACAAGAUUUUAGCGUUGAUUGCUUCGCGCCCCGAAGAUGGAGUGCUGCAGCGAUUCGGAGGAGGAAUCCUUGGGCGCCAAGGUUGCUAUGUUCAAUCAAUAUGCCAGCAAGCAUAAAGACAAGCAGAGCAAAAACCCGUUCACGUCUGGUCUGAACAUCGAAAAGCCAAAAUUCUCCAAGGAAGAAUACGGCAGACCAGAAGCGGGUUCCUUGUCCGAUCUACGUGGCCGCAAAGCAAAUGCUCAUGUAUUGAAGGAGAUCCUUGAGCUUUGCGACAUUAUCAAUCAAGAAGGCACUCCCUGCCGGGAUCAACCCAACGUAAUUGGCAUUACGUUCGGUGAUAUCUUCAACAUUUACACUAAUAUUAGUAACAAGUGUGUAGGACUGCUGUUGAGGGCGAGGAAGCAGAAGUAUUUAGAAUUCGAAGGCGAAUGCCUGUUCCAGAGGAGAGACGAUGAUGUACCGAUAUUCUUAGUCAAGCCUAUCGAAGAAAUCCGCGAGGAAUAUAAUCAGCGACUUGAAGAGAUCAGAAAUGACACACCGGCUAGUUAAUGCGAAUUAUGCCUCCGUAUAUUUUCAUUAAUGUUACUCAUCCUCGAAAUGACAGUCGCGGUUUUCUUUAAGGAACCCUGCAUGUGUUCCACGUUAGCUUAUAUUUGUUCGUCUAUAGUUUAGUGUCACAAAUUACCAUUAUGUAGCAUGUAUCUAAUUUGUAUUUAAUUCGAUUUUGUACAGUCUGCUUGAUAAGAGAGUGUCCGGCGAAACUUUUACAUGGAAACCAUAAAGGACUUACAAUUAGACAGGAAAUUCCAACGGGAAUCGAUAGAACGGCCCUUUCUCUAAGAUGCUUUCUAGAGAAAACUUCAGUUAUCAUUCGACUUUCGUAAUAGAAAAAUAUAUUUCGCCAUGAGUGCCGCAUAUGCAUUGCGAUUUGAAACCAUGUUCUAUGUAGGCAUAUUCGCUUGAUAUGAAGAUUUGUACCGCAAGAAUAUGUUGUUAAGGUAGUGAAAAGUAAUAGUCUCGAAGAUGUCAGGCAAUUAUUGACAAAUGAUUAAUUAUUGGCAACGAUGGCGAUUGGACACACUAUUAGUAUGAAAGCAUUUUAAUUUUAAUCGAGUAGAAUGGAUGUAUGCAUUUUUAGUGUUAUAUAAUAAAUUUUUCUAUGAGUUAAUUUGAUCACAUUUUUCUCUGACAGACUGCCGGACAUUUUCUUAUCAAACAGACUAUAAUUUAUCAAUUUUGUAUGUGAAAUACAGUAUAUUAGUGAAUGAAUGCGAAUCGAUGUAAAUAUUUUACAUGCAGCGCGAGCGCGACACGUUAAUGUGAUGAAUGAACAGAAUGAUUGACACGAUUAGCACAGUUUUUACGGAAUCUUCCAACAGAACAAUCAAUUUUGUAAAUAUCUCCGAUGUAAAAUAAAUAAUUGGUACAUCUUC